CGCGCGCGCAGUGAUGGGAGGCUUAACAGGGCAUAUCGCCUGUUGCUCUUGCUGUUAGGAUGUUACACAGGGAUCCUCCUGCUUCUUAUCACUAAAGCUGACAUACAACUGAUAAUCACGGGCAUUUCAGACGUUGCAUUUGCUUCAGUUCUGGAGAGAAACGCAAAACAACCCAAAUGGACGGUGCACACACGUUCUUGCGCAAUAAAGUACUGUUUGGAUCCAGAACAUUGCAUCUUUAAUGAAAAGGACUAGACGCGUUUUGUGCGUCAUGCACUCUGUAAAGCCUUAGCACCAAAAUCCGAUCCAAGACAAUGUGCUUUUGUAGCCCGAGGCGUUUGGGCUUUUUUCUUCAGGAUUAGUCUACGGAUAAAAACAGGCUACAUUUGCGCGUGGACUUUUUGGAUGCUGAAGCGAAAAGCAUGGCGUACGAGCUGAAACCGAGGCUUUGCUGCAUGAGCAAAAGUGAGAAUGGAUACGGCUUUCAUUUGCACGGAGAGAAGGGAAAAAGCGGGCAGUACAUCCGCAAAGUGGAGCCUGCAUCUCCAGCCGAGGCAUCAGGAUUGCGCGCGGGGGACCGAGUGGUGGAGGUGAACGGGGAAAAUGUCGAGAGAGAAACGCAUCAGCAGGUGGUUCAAAGGAUCAAGGCAACGGAGUAUGAAACCAGGCUGCUGGUGGUGGACCGUGAGACAGAUGAGUACCUGCGCAGUCUGCGCCUCACCUGCACAGAGGACAUGGCUGUGCGAGUUAAUCCAUCAGCCUCUUCCUCCUCCCCUCCAUCGACCCCCAGCAAGCGGGAGAACAACUCCGUGUCCAAACUGCCAACCAGUCAUGAGAUACCAAAACCCAGCAGGAGGUCCCAAUCACGGGCUACCAAAAAGGAGGCUCCGGUGAUGCCGACCGCUCCGGCAGACGUGUCCGAACUCGUCCCCAGGCUGUGUCACUUGGUACGGGCAGAAACAGGAUACGGCUUCAACCUGCACAGUGAGAAGUCCAGACCGGGUCAGUACAUCCGCUCUCUGGAUCCGGGCUCUCCAGCUGACCGUGCAGGCCUUCGACCACAGGAUAGACUCAUCGAGGUGAACGGGGUGAACAUUGAAGGCAUGCGUCAUGCCGAGGUGGUGGCCUUCAUCAAGCGCGGAGGGGACGAGAUACGUUUACUGGUGGUGGAUCCAGACACGGACGAACACUUCAAAAAGCUGGGCAUCAUACCAGGCAGCAGCCAUGUCAAAGGUUUCGAGGGUCAGAUCAUUACUAACGGAUCACCAAAUUCUCGGGUCAAUGGCCACUCCACCCAGUCGGCACACUCUGACCACAGCAGCCAAGAUACCAGCACACAGAACUCUGAGGAUGGAGACAGCCACUCGCUGGACCCUUUCGCAGAGAUCGGCCUGAGACUGAGCCCCACAGCGGCGGAGGCCAAAGAGAAAGCUCAUGCCAAGCGUGGCAAGAAGAGGGCACCACAGAUGGACUGGAAUAAGAAAUAUGAGAUUUUUAGCAAUUUCUGAACAUACAGACAUACAUCUCACACACCCCACUCCAGACUUCCCCAACAUGCUACAUUCAGCCCUCUGUUGUAAAUGACUGCUUUUAAUGGUGAAGGCUGUUAUUUUUGUAGAAAAAGAAAACCAGGCAAAAAUAUUUUUAAAGGACAAUUGGAGCAGGCAGAAGGGAAAAGCUUCAGUCUAUUUUUUCACUCAUUUUUAACCGGAUUAAAAAAAAACUCUCUGAAUUUAGAACUGUGAUGAAAAAGGGCCAACAAGAACAAAAAGAAGGGAAGAGAAACCAGGGCUCUGUAUGUUUUUUGUGUAUUGCUCUUACUUAAGUUUACUGCUUCUGCUGUAACCACUUCAGACUUUUUUGUUUUUUCAGAGUUUUUACAAGAGCAGUAGAUCUUAAUCCAAAAAAAAAACAAAAAAAAAAAACAGAAAUUUAAAGCCUGACAGUUUUACAUCACGGUGUCUCAACAGCACUGCUCUCUACUCUGAAUGAAAUCUUGAGGAAAAAGCAUAUUAGCACCUUUUAGCUCAGACCCUUUAAGAAGGACAUGUAAAUUUGCAGUGAUAAAUGUUUUUUAUAAAUCAGUAUUACAUAUAAA